GACGGUCGCCAUGUUCAGAUGCCGAUGAUAAACGGAAAUCAACGAGUGAGCACGAGUGGGGAAGACGGGUUUUUGUUGACAAACAAGCGAAAAAGGAAGGUUUCACCGACGAAGGAGCCCCCACUAGUGGCCAGCAGUAGCCGUUACACGCAAGGGGAUCCUCAGCACAAGGGCUCCACCUCUCACGGUAGUGCCGCUGGCUUGUUAGGUUGUUACCAGGCAGACAGCCUUUCCAACAUGGCAGCGUCAAGCAACGCAGAGCAAACGCAGUUGCAAGAUAUGGAGGAGGAAGAUGCAGGGAUGGAGGAGAGAGAGAUGGAAUCGGACGAAGAGGAGGGCAUGGGAGUAGAAAAUUCAGACGACGAGGAGGACGAUUCGUCUGAAGAUGAGAGGGAAAAUGAAGCCGAAAUCCAGCGUUUGGAGGAGCAGCUGUCAAUCAACGCGUUCGACUACAACUGCCAUGUGGAUCUCAUCAAACUACUGAAACAGGAGGGAGAACUUUUCCGACUGCGAAAGGCAAGGCAGAAGAUGAGUGAACUUUUCCCUCUCACCGAAGAGAUCUGGCUGGAUUGGCUCAAAGAUGAGAUCCGUCUGACUGAGGAGGAGCCAAACCGGGAGAAAGUAUAUGAACUUUUUGAGAGAGCUGUAAAAGACUAUAUCUGUCCAGAUAUCUGGCUUGAAUAUGCUCAGUAUUCAAUUGGUGGCAUGGGCUCUCCAGGUGGGAUAGACAAAGUGAGAUCCAUCUUUGAAAGAGCCAUGACAGCUGUGGGACUUCACAUGACCAAGGGACAGACAGUGUGGGAGGCGUACAGAGAGUUUGAGAACGCCAUUCUGUCCACAGUACAGCCUCCACCUGGCAGAAUUCCCAGUCGUGAGGAGCAGGAGCUGCUGAACACUCAGCUUGAGCGAAUCCAUACACUGUUUCGCCGCCAGCUGGCCGUCCCCUUAAUGGACAUGGAAGCCACCUUUGCAGAGUAUGAGGAGUGGGCCGAACAUGGGGUGCCUGAGACGGUCAUACAUCAGUACAAAAAGGCUUUGAAGCAGAUGGAAAAGUGCAAACCUUUUGAAGAGUCUAUGCUGGUAGCAGAACCUCCUAAGCUGUCAGAGUAUCAGACCUACAUUGACUUUGAACUGAAGGAGGGUGACCCAGCACGGAUCCAGAUAACCUUUGAGCGGGCCCUGGCAGAGAACUGCCUGGUACCAGACAUGUGGGCAAAAUACACCACCUAUCUUGAUCGUCAGCUCAAGAUCAAAGACUUGGUUCUUUCUACUCAUGAACGUGCCGUCAGGAACUGCCCCUGGACCAUGGGUCUGUGGAAGAGCUACCUGCUGGCGCUGGAGAGGCAUGGAGCCGAUCAUCAGGUUGUCUCAGAUGUUUUUGAGAAGGCACUGAAUGCAGGUUUCAUUCAAGCUACGGAUUAUGUGGAAAUUUGGCAGGCAUACCUCGACUACCUGAGGAGACGUGUGGAUUUCAGUAAAGAAUCAAGUAAAGAGUUAGAGGAGUUACGAGGAACCUUCUCUCGAUCUCUAGACUACAUGAAACAAGAUGUAGAAGAAAGAUUUGGUGAAAGUGGAGAUCCAUCUUGUAUCAUAAUGCAGAUCUGGGCAAGAAUAGAGGCCCUCCACUGCAAGAACAUGCAAAAAGCCCGAGAACUGUGGGACAGUAUCAUGACAAAAGGGAAUGCCAAAUAUGCCAACAUGUGGCUGGAGUACUAUAACCUUGAAAGGUCUUAUGGAGACCCUGUUCACUGUCGAAAAGCUCUUCACAGAGCAGUUCAGUGCACCUCAGACUACCCAGAGCAUGUGUGUGAAGUCCUGCUCACCUUCGAGAGAGUGGAGGGUUCUCUGGAGGACUGGGAUGUGGCAGUGCAGAAGACAGAGACCCGGCUGAACAGGAUUAAUGAGCAACGAGCAAAGGUGGCUGAGAAAGAAGCCAACCUGGCUCGCCAAGAGGAUGAGAGAAAUGAGCAGCGGCGGAAAGCCAAGUCAGACAAGAAGGCUCAGAAGAAGGUCCAGAAGGGCACUCGAUUCGGGGAGAAGAGGAAAGCAGAGCAGGAUGAUUAUCAUGACGAAUGGAAUGAAGACUCAGAACAAGCCCCUAAAAGGCACAGAGGAAAUGGGGACCAAACCACAGAGGAGUACAUGGAGACAGAGACGGGACUCUUUGGGAGAAACGCUCCUCCCGGCUAUAAGCCCGUUCCACCUGGUGCUAAAAAAGCCCAGCAGGGAGCAGCGGCUGCUGCCCAGAGGCAGAACGACGACAAGCCAGAGCUUCGAAAUGAUAACAGCAGUGUGUUCAUCAGCAACUUGACGUACACCCUGGAGGAGCCUGAGGAAAAGCUCAGGCCGCUGUUUGAGACCUGUGGUCCCAUCAAACAGAUCCGCCCUGUCUUCAGCAACAAAGGGAGCUUCAAAGGUUACUGCUAUGUACAGUUUGAAUCCCAGGUGUCAGUCCCUGAAGCCCUGAAGCUGGACAGAAUGGAGGUGGAGGGCAGGCCCAUGUUUGUGUCACCUUGUGUGGAUAAAAACAAAAACCCUGACUUUAAGGUGUUCAAAUACAACACAUCAAUGGAGAAACACAAAAUCUUCAUCUCUGGGCUGCCGUUCUCGUGCACUAAAGAGCAACUGGAGGAAAUCUGCAAAAGUCAUGGCACCAUCAAAGAAGUUCGUCUGGUCACGUAUCGCUCAGGAAAACCCAAGGGUCUGGCAUAUGUUGAGUUUGCAGAUGAAAUCCAGGCGUCUCAGGCAGUUCUGAAAAUGGACAGCAUGGAAGUAGAGGGCAACAAAAUCACUGUUGCGAUAAGUAACCCUCCUCGCAGAAACAUGAUGGAUAAACCUGGUUCCAGUAGGCCCACGACAGACAUGAUGCCUCGCCAGAUCUAUGGAUCGAGAGGAAGAGGACGCACCCAGCUGUCACUGCUCCCUCGUUCACUGCACCGACAAAGUGGGCCUGUUGGCAAAGUUGAGAAUGGAACAACAGCUGAGCGGGUGCAGGCAACAGCCAGCGCAUCAGUGAACGCAGCUGCAGAGACGAAACCAUUGUCAAAUUCAGACUUUGCCAGGAUGCUUGUCAAUAAGUGAGAAGACGAGCGAGAGAAU